AUGACUAAUAAGUCCACGAUAGCAACAAAUGUAUUGAGCUCCUUGCAAGUUGAACUCUGGCAUGUCAUGCUGAUUGAAGUACUUGCCUUCUUUCUUCAGGCUGUUCUCUUCUUACUCCUAUAUAUUUUACUCAGCAGGAAAAUAGCCAACUACCAUGGCCAGGUGGUGAAAGCUGCAAGAACCCAAACCCCAGCCCCAAAGAAGCCAAAAGACAAAAAUGAUUCACCUCCUUCAAAAAAGAGAGGGUCAAAGAAGCUUUCAGGUUCUGCCUUGACUUACAGAGAUGAUAGCAUUGAUGGUGAUUCCUCCAGAGACAGCUUUGACAACUCAGAAAAUUGUUCUCCACCUUCCAGCAGUAAGACACCUGAGGAUGUGAAUUACAGCACCCUGGUCUUUCCAGCCACUGGUUACAAAAUGACUUUGUCUUCUAAUGACUAUGAGAACACAAAGGCAACUGAUGAUUAUGUCAAUGUGGACCCCAAGAAAAGUGAAUUUAAUACUUGGGAUUUCAAUCAUGCCUUCUCCUCGGAGCCAGUGGAAUAUGCAGAAGUGGCUAUGUGAAUUCUGACAAUCAAAUGGGGUUCUCUUUUCAACAAAUUCUUGAGUUUUUUUUGGAUGGGGUUUCUUUCAAUAAUAAGCACAAGGAAACAACUUAAAGCAAGAAGAAUUCAGGUUAGAGGCCAGGUAGAACUAUCAAAAUGCUAAGACAUGGAAUAUUUUAUUAAAGAAGGUAUUAGAAUUCAUUCCGUUCAAUCCAAAGAACAUUUAUUAAGUGCCUUUUAGUAUAGAAAACCACAUCGGGUGCUGGGGUUCUUUAGUAAGCCUAAGUUCUUAUAGGAGGAUAUAAUGCAUUCAGAGAUAACUAUUUUAGACAAUAAUGCUCCUUGUCAAAAGUCAAGCUGAAAAGAAAAAAAAGGGAAGAAAGAGAAAAAUAAAGAUAAAGGGAAAAAAUAAAUGGGCCAUUAAUUUUUUUUUCUUAAAUACAAAAAAGAGAACAGAAGGAAGGCUAAAAAAGAGCACAGAAAAGUGGGACAGGUUUGAAAGCUGCAGGUUGAAUGUACUGGAUGCUGAAAAAACAGAAAACGAGCUCUUCUGUGUAGAGAUUCACAGUUCUGUGUCUAAUCUUCUUUUUCUAUUCUAAUAUACAUGUAUGUAUAUAUCUGUAUAUACAUAUACACAUAUAAAAAGUAAUAAG